ACCCUUUUCACGAGGUUCUAUAAUAAACACUCUCCAUCAAUCUGAAGAACUGUCUCAUGAUGCAAAGAACCAUGUAACCAUGCAAAUCAUUCGUUGAGUGUUCAUGCCACCAUGAAGAACCAUAUUCCUUUCUAAAGAACCCAUGGAGGAUGAUCAUUUUUAAGAGUGUCUUUUCAAAAAAAGCUUCUAUAAUGAACAUUUUCUGUCAAUCUGAAGAAUGUUUACAAAAAACCAUUUAAUUUGCCAAAGGUUCUUUAAGAGUUCAUGGAUCUAUACAGAACCAUUUUCUUUCCUAAGGACCCCAGAAAGAACAUCAUUUUAAAGAGUGGACUGUUUACUCACAAACUAUCAGUCAAAAUCACCAACACAAUUCAACUCACAAUAUGAAAGUGUUACUGGAAUAAUCAUUACAGUGAGAGAUUAUUACAGUAAGUUAUUAUUACAGUGAGAAAUUACAGUAAGAGAUUAUUACAGUCAGAGAUUAUUACAGUGAGAGAUUAUUACAGUAAAUGAUAUUACAGUGACUGAUUACAGUAAGAGAUUAUUACAGUGAGAGAUUAUUACAGUGAGAUAUUAUUACAGUGAGAGAUUACAGUAAGAGAUUAUUACAGUGAGAGAUUAUUACAGUAAGUGAUUAUUACAGUGAGAGAUUAUUACAGUAAAUGAUAUUACAGUGAGUGAUUACAGUAAGAGAUUAUUACAGUGAGAUAUUAUUACAGUGAGAUAUUAUUACAGUGAGAGAUUACAGUAAGAGAUUAUUACAGUGAGAGAUUAUUACAGUAAGUGAUUAUUACAGUAAGUGAUUAUUACAGUGAGAGAUUACAGUAAGAGUUUAUUACCGUGAGAAAUUAUUACAGUAAGUGAUUAUUACAGUAAGAGAUUACAGUAAGAGAUUAUUACAGUUAGAGGUUAUUACACUGAGAGAUUACUACAGUGAGAGAUUAUUACAGUAAGAGAUUAUUACAGUGAGACAUUAUUACAGUAAAUGAUUAUUACAGUGAGAGAUUAUCACAGUGAGACAUUAUUAGAAUAAUUGAUUAUUACAGUGAGAGGUUAUUACACUGAGAGAUUACUACAGUGAGAGAUUGUUACAGUAAGAGAUUAUUACAGUGAGACAUUAUUACAGUAAGUGAUCUGGCGUGAGUGACAAACGUCCUACAAUAGCAACUUCUCCUUUAUAAGGUUUUUGUUUACAGCUAAAUGUGUAACGCUAUGACAACACACAACCGAUAUCUGUGUAUCUUAUCUAGAAACCAUGACACUGCUAGCACAGGAAAUGUCUCCAUUUCUGAAGACACAAUUUCAGACACGUAACACCACCCAAGAAGAAGAGAGGCUGAAGUAUGUUUCUAACACCUGAAAAGCAAAGACAUCGCUUUACUCUUAUAUUUCUCUUCACGGUUGGCCAUAAUACUCACCUAUUCCAUGUAGAUGCUGGACAGCUACAUGAAUACACAUUGUUGAGGUGUGUACGAGGGGAUGGUGGAUCUUCUGGAGAUGAACCAGCCUCAGAAGUGAAAUAUGCCGUAAUAGGAACAGGGAUUGGCUUGUUUCUCGCCGCAUGCUUCAUCGCGAUAAAACUCUGCAUGAUUAGACGACACAUGCUUGACAACGAACCAUCAGAGGAUUCAAUGAGAAGGCCAUCUACCAUGCAAUGCACUGAGCUGGAAAGCAGGAGAUGAAGCAAAUCUACUGCAGCCAAUCAGUCUCAGAAAGGACAACCCACAGCUCAGGGCACAUUAUGUGACUCUCGUUCUGAGGUUUUAGUAAACCCAUGGAGACUGAAGCUUUCUACCAUUCCACGUUUUGGAAAAGUCCUGUGAAAGGGACUUAUUUACUUAAUCUUUUUGGUGCGAUUAGCCACUGAAUGUAUUGGCUGUUUAAUAAAGAAUGUUGGGUCGUUUGAUUGAGAGGUUCCCAUUUUAUGUUUCUGCUGGAUUUGACUUGAGUGGGAAUGUGCCGGGAGAUUUUUUCCUCUGAAUUGACCCUCUGUAAAUAAAGAUGAUGUCAUGAAGAAGCUCA